AUGGCUUCAGAAUCUGAAACUCUGAAUCCCAGUGCUCGGAUAAUGACUUUUUACCCGACCAUGGAGGAGUUCCGGAACUUCAGUCGAUACAUGGCCUACAUUGAAUCCCAAGGAGCUCAUCGGGCUGGGCUGGCCAAGGUUGUUCCUCCAAAGGAGUGGAAGCCCCGGGCGUCCUAUGAUGAUAUUGAUGAUCUGGUCAUUCCUGCCCCCAUCCAACAGUUGGUGACUGGGCAGUCUGGCCUCUUUACUCAGUACAACAUACAGAAGAAAGCCAUGACUGUUCGAGAGUUCCGCAAGAUAGCCAAUAGUGAUAAGUACUGUACCCCACGCUACAGUGAGUUUGAAGAGCUUGAACGGAAGUACUGGAAAAAUCUCACAUUCAAUCCUCCAAUCUAUGGUGCAGAUGUGAAUGGCACUCUCUAUGAAAAGCAUGUCGAUGAGUGGAAUAUCGGGCGGCUGAAAACCAUCCUGGACUUGGUGGAGAAGGAGAGCGGGAUCACCAUUGAGGGUGUGAACACCCCGUACCUGUACUUUGGCAUGUGGAAGACCUCCUUUGCCUGGCACACUGAAGACAUGGACCUGUACAGCAUCAACUACCUGCACUUUGGAGAGCCAAAGUCCUGGUACUCUGUCCCCCCGGAGCACGGAAAGCGGUUGGAGCGCCUUGCCAAAGGCUUUUUCCCUGGAAGCGCUCAAAGCUGCGAAGCUUUUCUCCGCCACAAGAUGACUUUGAUUUCCCCUUUAAUGCUGAAGAAAUAUGGAAUUCCCUUUGACAAGGUGACUCAAGAAGCUGGAGAAUUCAUGAUCACUUUUCCUUAUGGUUACCAUGCCGGCUUUAACCAUGGCUUCAACUGUGCGGAGUCCACCAAUUUUGCUACCCGGCGGUGGAUUGAGUAUGGCAAACAAGCUGUGCUGUGCUCCUGUAGAAAGGACAUGGUGAAGAUCUCCAUGGAUGUGUUUGUGAGGAAGUUCCAGCCAGAAAGGUACAAACUUUGGAAAGCGGGGAAGGACACCACAGUUAUCGACCAUACUCUGCCCACGCCAGAAGCAGCGGAGUUUCUUAAGGAGAAUGAACUGCCUCCAAGAGCCAGAAACGAGGAGGAGUGUCCAGAGGAGGAUGGCAUGGAAGGGAUUGAGGAUGGAGAGGAGGGUGACUUAAAGAGAAGCCUAGCCAAGCAUCGUAUAGGGACAAAGAGGCACCGAGUUUGUCUUGAAAUACCCCAGGAGGUGAGUCAGAGCGAGCUCUUCCCCAAGGAGGAGCUGAGUACGGGACAGUACGAUAUGACGGAGUGCCAGGCUGCCCUCGCUCCCGUGAGGCCCACCCACAGCUCUGUGCGGCAAGUCGAAGACGGCCUUCCCUUCCCAGAUUAUUCUGACUCCACGGAAGUCAAAUUUGAAGAGCUUAAAAAUGUCAAACUGGAAGAAGAGGAUGAGGAGGAAGAGGAGGAACAAGAAGCGGCUGCCUUGGAUCUUUCUGUGAAUCCUGCCUCUUUAGGGGGACGCCUUGUCUUCUCAGGUUCCAAAAAGAAAUCAUCUUCUAGCCUGGGCUCCAGUUCUUCACGGGAUUCUAUUUCUUCCGACUCAGAAACCAGUGAGCCUCUGGCCUGCCGAGCCCAAGGGCAGUCGGGAGUUCUCACUGUGCACAGCUAUGCCAAAGGGGAUGGCAGGGUCACCGUGGGAGAGCCCUGCACCAGGAAGAAGGGCAGUGCCACCGGAAGUGUCAGUGAGCGGGAGCUGGCAGAGGUGGCCGAUGAAUACAUGUUUUCCCUGGAGGAGAAUAAGAAGUCCAAGGGCCGUCGUCAGCCCUUAAGCAAGCUCCCACGCCAUCACCCGCUUGUGUUGCAGGAUUGCGUCAGUGAUGAUGAGUCCUCUGAACAGCCGACCCCCGAGGAGGAGGCUGAGGAGACAGAGGCCUGGGCUAAGCCCCUGAGCCAACUAUGGCAGAACCGACCCCCGAACUUUGAGGCCGAGAAGGAAUUCAAUGAGACCAUGGCCCAGCAGGCCCCUCACUGCGCUGUCUGUAUGAUCUUUCAGACUUACCAUCAGGUGGAGUUUGGAGGCCUUAGUCAGAGCUGUGGAAACGCUCCAGAUUUAGCCCCCCAGAAGCAGAGGACCAAGCCAUUGAUUCCUGAAAUGUGUUUCACCUCGACUGGCUGCAGCACAGACAUCAACCUUUCUACCCCUUACCUUGAGGAGGACGGCACCAGCCUUCUAGUUUCCUGCAAGAAGUGCAGUGUCCGGGUCCAUGCCAGUUGCUACGGAGUACCCCCUGCCAAGGCUUCUGAAGACUGGAUGUGUUCUCGGUGUUCCGCCAAUGCCCUGGAGGAGGACUGCUGUUUGUGCUCAUUACGAGGGGGAGCCCUCCAGAGAGCCAAUGAUGACAGGUGGGUCCACGUCUCGUGUGCUGUGGCAAUUUUGGAAGCAAGGUUUGUCAACAUUGCUGAAAGAAGUCCGGUGGACGUGAGCAAAAUACCCCUGCCCCGCUUCAAACUGAAAUGUGUCUUCUGUAAGAAGCGGAGGAAAAGAGCCGCCGGCUGCUGUGUGCAGUGCUCCCACGGCCGCUGUCCAACUGCCUUCCACGUGAGCUGCGCCCAGGCUGCCGGAGUGAUGAUGCAGCCGGACGACUGGCCUUUCGUCGUCUUCAUUACCUGCUUUCGGCACAAGAUUCCGAAUUUGGAGCGUGCCAAGGGGGCCUUGCAGAGCAUCACCGCAGGCCAGAAGGUCAUUAGCAAGCACAAGAACGGGCGCUUCUACCAGUGUGAGGUGGUCAGGCUCACCACCGAGACCUUCUAUGAAGUCAACUUUGACGAUGGCUCCUUCAGUGACAAUCUCUAUCCUGAGGACAUAGUGAGCCAGGACUGCCUCCAGUUGGGUCCUCCUGCUGAGGGAGAAGUGGUCCAAGUCAGAUGGACAGAUGGCCAAGUCUACGGAGCCAAAUUUGUGGCAUCCCAUCCUAUCCAGAUGUACCAGGUGGAGUUCGAGGACGGCUCACAGCUUGUGGUUAAGAGAGAUGACGUGUACACGCUGGAUGAAGAGCUUCCCAAGAGAGUCAAGUCUAGACUGUCAGUAGCCUCAGACAUGCGCUUCAAUGAGAUUUUCACGGAGAAAGAGGUUAAACAGGAAAAGAAACGGCAACGAGUGAUCAACUCAAGAUACCGGGAAGAUUACAUCGAGCCUGCACUAUACCGAGCCAUCAUGGAAUAG